AUGCAGCCUAUUGCCUCUAAAUUAACUUUGGCUGAGCUAAAUCAAAUACUUUACCGGUGUGAAUCAGAAGAACAGGAAGACGGUGGAGGUUGCUAUGACAUACCAAACUGGUCAUCCCUGAAGUAUGCAGGUCUUCAAGGAUUAAUGUCUGUGUUGGCAGAAAUAAGACCAAGGAAUGACUUGGGGCAUCCUUUUUGUGAUAAUUUGAGAUCUGGAGAUUGGAUGAUUGACUAUGUCAGUGGCCGCCUUAUUUCACGAUCAGGAAAUAUUGCUGAAGUUGGUAGAUGGCUGCAGGCUAUGUUCUUCUACCUGAAGCAGAUCCCACGAUAUCUUAUCCCCUGCUACUUUGAUGCUAUUUUAAUUGGUGCAUACACCACUCUUCUGGAUGUGGCGUGGAAGCAGAUGUCCAGCUUUGUUCAGAACGGUUCAACCUUUGUGAAACACCUCUCGCUGGGUUCAGUCCAGAUGUGUGGAGUGGGAAAGUUUCCUUCUCUGCCACUGCUGUCCCCCUCCCUCCUGGAUGUGCCAUGCAGGCUAAAUGAGAUCACAAAGGAGAAAGAACAGUGCUGUGUUUCUGUAGCUGCAGGCUUACCUCAUUUUUCUUCCGGUCUUUUCCGCUGCUGGGGAAGGGAUACUUUCAUUGCACUUAGAGGUAUACUGCUGGUUACUGGACGCUACUUAGAGGCCAGGUAAGAGAAUGUCUGAAAAGAUGCCGUGCAGUUUAUGUCUCAGUGUUUUCUACAUGCUCUCCAAACUUCCCUGCACAUCCAUCUGUUCUCAACA